GGGAUUGUUCCUCAUAUCUGUCUAUAUAACGAGAUGUCCAGAGAAAUGUGAAUGCUUUUUGAAACCUUCCAUGUACUACCGACGUUGUGCUGAAUAAACCAUCAAGCCACCUUGACUAUUUUUGAGAAUCCUUCUGAGGAGAGCAAACUUCUUAAUCCACAACAGUUUCCCAGGGUGUAUGUCUGGUUUGAACAUGUGUUUGCGUCCAUAUCCCCGUAUCCCAGGGUAACACUUCCUCCUCAGAUCCAGCAUGGUGCGUAGAGUGGCUGUCAUCGGGGCCGGACCCUCUGGUCUGGCCUGCAUCAAGUCCUGUCUCGAUGAGGGCCUGGAGCCUGUGUGCUUCGAGUCCAGCGAUGACAUCGGGGGGCUGUGGAGGUUCAAGGAAGUCUCCGAGCCCAAGAGGGCCAAUAUUUACCGCUCCCUCACCAUCAACACCUCCAAGGAGAUGAUCUGUUUCAGCGACUUCCCCAUCCCAGCAGACUACCCCAACUACAUGCACCACUCACGCAUCCUGCAGUACUUCAGGUUGUACGCAGAGACCUUCAAACUGCUGCAACGCAUCCGUUUCCAGACCACGGUGCGGAGAGUGAGGCAGACUUCAGACUUCAGCCGCUCAGGCCAGUGGGAGGUGGUGACGGCGAGCAGGGAGGGGGUGGAGGAGAAGCAGGUGUUUGACGCGGUCAUCGUCUGCUCUGGUCACUACACCUCCCCGCACCUGCCUCUCGGAGAGUUCCCAGGGAUCGAGGCAUUUGAGGGGAAGUACAGCCACAGCUGGGACUACAAGGAGCCUGAUGACAUGAAGGGCAAGAGGGUGGUGGUCGUUGGCAUUGGAAACUCAGGAAGUGACAUCGCCGUGGAGACCAGCAGAGUGGCAGAACAGGUGUACCUGAGCACCCGUCGAGGAGCCUGGGUCUUACGCCAGGUGUCGGACAACGGGCUGCCCGUGGACAUGAACUACAACACCAGGUUCGUCCACAUCCUCUUCCAGGUGCUGCCAAUGAGCUUCCUCAACUGGUUUGGAGAGAGGAUGCUCAACGCCAUGUAUGACCACACCACGUACGCUCUCAAGCCCAAACACAGGCUCUUCAGUCAGAUCCCAGUGAUAAACGACGAGCUCCCUCACAAGAUCCUGGCGGGCAGCGUGGUGAUCAAACCCAACGUGAAGGAGUUUGUCGGCUCCAGCGUCAUCUUCGAAGACGGGAGCGUGGUGGAGAAGGUGGACAUGGUCGUGUUCGCCACGGGAUACAACUACGACUUCUCCUUCCUGCCGCGAGAGGUGUUGCAGAUGUCCGGCCACCGGGUGGCGCUGUACAAACACGUGUUUCCCCCUGCCCUGGAGCACAACACCCUGGCCGUGGUGGGGUUCAUCCACGCCCUGGGGGCCAUCAUGCCCCAGGCUGAGAUGCAGUCUCGCUGGGUGGCACGCAUCUUCAAAGGGCUCAAGAAACUGCCGUCUAGCCAGGCGAUGUUAAAGUCGGUUGAGAGUGACACCAAAGACAUGAACAAGAACUUCGUUCUGUCCAAGCUGACUCCUCUGCACGUGGAUUUCGUCUCCUACAUGGAUGAAAUCGCUGGUGAGGCGGGGGUGAGACCCAGCCUGCUCUGGCUGUUCUUCACAGACUACCCGCUCUUCAAGCAGAUCCUGUGGGGGCCCGUGUCCGCCUACCAGUACCGCCUGACGGGCCCUGGCAGGUGGGACGGUGCUCGCAAGGCCAUCUUUACCCAGAGGGAUCGCAUGUAUCAGCCUCUGAAGACCAGACAGGUGGAUAAGCCGGAAAGUUCCUGGCUAGGCCGUCUGUUCAAGCUCGGUCUGACGGCCGCGGUCGGGGGAGGUGCUGCCUACUACGUCCACCACAACCACCCCUCCCACCUCACCUCCCUCCUCGACACCAUCCGACCACCGAGCAUCGACAGGCUGACAGACAGACAGACAGACAGGCAGGCAGAUAGGCCGGCAGACAGGAUGAGUCGUCGCGUUGCAGUGAUCGGAGGAGGGAGCUCAGGUCUGACCUGCAUCAAGUCCUGUCUCGAUGAGGGCCUGGAGCCUGUGUGCUUCGAGUCCAGCGAUGACAUCGGAGGGCUGUGGAGGUUCAAGGAGAGCGCCGAGCCAGAACGCUCCAGCAUCUAUCGCUCCCUGGUCGUGAACACCUCCAAGGAGAUGAUGUGCUUCAGUGACUUCCCCAUGCCUGAUCACUACCCCAACUACAUGAAGCACUCCCAGUUGCUGCAGUACUUCAGGCUCUACUCUGAGCACUUUGACCUCCUGCGACACAUCCGUUUCCAGACCACAGUGCGGAGUGUGAGUCAGAGGCCAGACUUCCCUCACUCUGGGAAGUGGGAGGUGGUGAUUGAAGACAGCGAGGGGCAGGAGGAGAGACACGUGUUCGACGGUGUUCUAGUGUGUUCCGGCCACUACACACACCCCAUCUCCCCCCUCAAAGACAUCCCAGGCCACGACACGUUCCAAGGGAGGUGCUGUCACAGCUGGGAGUACAAGGACGCUCACGUCCUCCGAGGGAAGAGAGUGCUGGUGGUUGGCAUCGGAAACUCUGGAGGAGACAUCGCCGUGGAGAUUAGCCGAUCUGCAGAGAAGACGUUCUUGAGCACACGAAAGGGAGCCUGGGUGAUGGGUCGCAUGUCCAGCCAUGGUCUUCCACUGGACAUGACGGCCAUUACCAGGAAGAACGCCCUGCUGACCCUCCUCCUGCCCAGGGCUCUGGUCAACUGGGCCGCCGAGAGAGACCUGAACCACAGAUACGACCACAGACUGUACGGCCUGCAGCCCACACACAGGCUCUUGGACAGGAGGCCGCUGAUCAACGACGACCUUCCAGGACGUGUCCUCCAGGGGGCGCUGGUGAUGAAGCCCAACCUGCAGGGGUUCCAAGGCUCCGGAGUUACGUUUGAGGACGGAACCGCGGAGGAGAACAUCGACGCGGUGGUGUUCUGCACCGGCUACAGCGGAACUUUCUCCUUCCUGCCCAUGUCUCUGUUCCAGGGGUCGGGAGGAGAGCUGACCCUCUACAGGCGUGUGUUCCCCGCGUCUCUGGAGCGCCCCACGCUGGCCGUCAUGGGAUUGUUCCAGACCAAAGGGCCCAUCAUGCCGCUGGUGGAGAUGCAGGCGCGCUGGGCUACACGGGUCAUAGCAGGGCUGCACAAGCUUCCUCCAAAGCGCCUAAUGCUGGCUGCAAUAGAGACCGAGAGGAAGAGAAACAUGAAGGGAUACCCCUGCCCCAGACAGGCUACCCUCCAGGUGGACUUCAUCUCAUACCUGGACUCCAUCGCUACGGAGGUGGGGGUGCGUCCCAGCAUGAUCAAGCUGUUGCUGACUGACCCCAGACUGGGUCUGGAGGUUCUCCUGGGGCCCGUCACCCCAUACCAGUACCGUCUGACCGGGCCGGGGAAGUGGGCCGGGGCACGCAAGGCCAUCCUCACACAGUGGGAGCGGGUGGCCCAGCCCUUCAGGACCAGGGCAGAACCAGAACCAGUCCCCAGCCCCUCGGGCCUCCUCUCCUACCCCUGGCUGCUCACCCUGUUUGGGGGGUCGGUGGUCCUAGCUGUGCUGGUGUUCCACGGUCGACUGAGAGCCGCCCUGCCGGACCCAGCCCAGCUCCUGGAGGACUUCCCCGCCCUGCCAGGGGGGAUUUUGUAAAGGCUGCUCCACUGGAGGAUCUAGAAUCACCCAACACUGUUCUGACAAUGUAGCCAGGCCACACACAUCUCACACUGAAGGAACAAGGAACCGACAGAAUGUAUAACUACUAAAUGUUUCUCCAGUUUUUGUUUUUGUCCCCAUUGAAAGAAAUGUCUAUCCUUUACCUUAAUGUGAUGGUGUACCAAAACAACAAACGUCACAACCAAAAUCAUCUCAUAUUUUCUUACAUCUGAAUUCCCCAAGGUGAGUUUCAUAUGCCACACCAAAUAAAAAAAAAGGUUUUACAAGAAAUGGCACAAUGUCUAAGGGAUGAAUCAAGGAUAAAGAUCCCUUCUGCAUCCCUCUUACCUCCCAGGUGUGUGAGGGGUCUCACUGUCCAGCACCAAAAUAGCACAGCAGGAAGUGGGCCAGGGAGAAGCAGGAAGCUGCAGAGGAAGUGGGCCAGGGAGAAGCAGGAAGCUGCAGAGGAAGUGGGCCAAGGAGAAGCAGGAAGCUGCAGAGGAAGUGGGUCAGGGAGAAGCAGGAAGCUGCAGAGGAAGUGGGCCAGGGAGAAGCAGGAAGCUGCAGAGGAAGUGGGUCAGGGAGAAGCAGGAAGCUGCAGAGGAAGUGGGCCAGGGAGAAGCAGGAAGCUGCAGAGGAAGUGGGCCGGGGAGAAGCAGGAAGUUGCAGAGGAAGGAGGAAGUGCUGUUGUCCUGUUGUCAUUCAGCCUGAGUGGGUUGAUGACCUACUCCCCCAGAUCUGCUUACUCAGGCUAAACAGCAUAGUGAUUAAAACAUCCUCCUGGGCAACCCUCCAGGUGGGGAAC